AUGAGCAUAACAAAUAGAAAUAACAAAUGUCGAACAUGCCUGAAAUCCGGCAGCAAGCUACUAUCCAUCAGCAUAAAGCCGAAAAUGAUUAAAGGCGAUAAAACCUAUAUGGAAUUAUUAAAUCACAUAGCUCAGGUUGAGUUUAACACCGACGAUGAACACAAAAUGCCACAAAGCAUAUGUUCAGUAUGCAGCAAAAAGAUACGCGAUUCUUAUACAUUCAUCGAACAAGUUCGAAAAAGCAAUACAACAUUCUUAAAGAGCGUAACAAAUAUUGUGGACGAGAAUUCUUUGGAUAAGCUGGAAGAGGAGGAGAGUAUUGCAACUGACAAUGUCUUACUGGACGAAUGUGAUAUUAAAAUUAAGGAAGAAGUUAAUCCAUUUGAUGAUGAAGAAAUGAAUGCUUCAAGCGAAGAGCAUUUGAUAGAAUUAAUGGAACCGGCGAUUCUAAUGGAAAAUGUUAAUACCGCUACUAUGGGCACUUUGCUACCAUCAUCCACCACCUCCUCUAAUGCUCCUGAUGAUGAUGUGAAUUUUAAAGUAGAGGUAAAUGAACACAAGGAGGAACAGGCAGAAUUAUUCCCAGAGUGUGUGUUAAAUGAAAAACUACUUUCUGACGACAAUGAUGAUUCUUUGAGUGAUAAUGAUUCAACUAAGACCGAAGAAGAUGAUCCAACAUAUAAUCCUUUAGUGUGUGAACCAAGAAAACGCCCAACAAAAGAAAUAUCGGAUGAGGAUAAAAACUUACCCAUAGCAUGUGAUGAUUGUGAUAAAGUUUUCCCAAAUUUCAAUCUCUUGAAACGCCACAAAAGAAACACCCACGUACCAGAUGAACUGAAAGUCCAAUGUCCACAUUGUCCUGCCAAGUUCGGUAGACUUCCCAAUAUGUACACUCACAUCAGAACAUUGCAUAAAAUCGAACCGAUCAUCGAACAAAAAUCGAAUCCUAAAAAAGAACACAACAGUAUCAAAUGUGAACAUUGUCAGAAAAGUUAUUGUAAUAAAUAUAGACUCAUGGAACAUAUCAAACGUAAACAUGGACCGGAUGAAAGUAAUCAACCGAAAAAGGAAAAAAUCAAACAGCUGGUAAAACGUUUCCUAUGUGCCUUGUGUGGUUUCACUUGUCACAGUCAACCGAAUUUGAAUAUCCAUUAUAGAAGGCAUACCGGUGAACGGCCAUUUAAAUGUGAAUAUUGUGAUCGUCGUUUCUUUCGUCUGCAUGAUGCGCAAAUGCACGCUUUAAGUCAUACAGGAGAGAGGCCCUACAAAUGUACGGAAUGUGAAAAGGGUUUCCGAAGUUCGGGAAAAUUGACAAUUCACAUGCGAACUCAUACAAAUGAGAGACCCUAUGCGUGUACCGAAUGUGAAAAGACAUUUAAACAAUCAAAAGAUUUGACUAUCCAUAGACGUAUUCAUACCGGUGAAAGACCUUAUAAGUGUGAUAUAUGCGAGAGUACAUUUACCCAAAGCAAUUCAUUGAGAUUGCAUCAGAAAAAGACUAAACAUUCGAAUGUAACGCCAAAAUCAAUAAAUGACAGUUUGAAUAGUAAUAUUGAUUUGAAUGACAUCAGAUAUGGAUAUUUGAAUGACUAA